AAAUGAAGUCUACUCUUUGGUGCCCAGCCUGGCCGGGCGAGCGCAGCUUUUCAUACACCCUCAGUCGCUAGCUAACCGUCGCGAGUGCCAGUGCGUUCUGAUCCCCCCUACCACGCGUCGUUACGCGGCAUUUUGAAAUCGAACAUUUUCAAAAUAGAAAAAAAAAACAAUCGUGAUUUUUCCGUGAGUGCCAGUGCUUAGCAGAUUAUCAUAAUACUGUGGUGAUUAUUUCGUGGAUAUUUUAGUGUUGUGCUUUUCUGAUGUUGGAUUUUUAUGUGUAAUACAGGAUUAAGUAAUGAACGUUUUGUUUCGUGAUUACGAAGCUGAAGGUUUUAGAACGAGUCAAAUACCAAUAUAUCAUCGAGCUCUCCUAAAACCCGAAAAACGAUAAAUCAUCAACUAAAGAGCAUCUAAAAUAAAACCCAAAAGCUAUGGCAAUCAUCUCAAAAAUGUGUGCGACGAAAAUAGACAAUGUUCCUACGUAGGGAAGGCUGAAACUUCCGUUAAAAUGUGAAUGUCUAAUAAUAAAACCCGGAUAUCCUUAUGUUGGUCGGAUAAUAGUAUUCAGUGUUUUGUGGCGGUUAUAAUGAUGUUGGAUGUUAGUUUUAGAUUAAGACUUACGAGUAGGGGAGUAUCACCAUUGUUCCUUUUGCUCCGGACUCAAAAUGUGUUAGUGCUUGGUUUUUGUACAGUGUUAUUUGGUGUUUUUGGUGUGUGCGGUGGUUAUCAGGAGCAGAAGUUCGCUAUGGAGCCGCAGGACCAGACUGCAGUUGUCGGCUCUCGUGUAACGUUACCAUGCCGAGUGGAGAACAAGGCAGGUCAGCUACAGUGGACAAAGGACGACUUCGGUCUUGGCUUGCACAGGGAACUGAGCGGCUACGACCGGUAUAAGAUGAUCGGGAGUGAUGAAGAAGGUGACUAUUCCUUGGACAUCAGAGAUGUAACCCUCGAUGAUGACGCAAAAUAUCAGUGCCAGGUCAGCACAGGACUCAAAGGAGAACCAGCCAUCCGAUCUCGAUACGCACAGCUGACUGUGUUGGUACCACCAGAGCCACCUCGUAUCAUCGAAGGGAACUACUUCUCGACUAUAGAAGACAGGAAUAUUAAACUGGAGUGCGUCUCUAUAGGAGGGAAGCCGCCGGCUGAGAUUACUUGGGUAGAUAGUAACGCUGGAGUUUUGACGCAGGGAGUGACGUAUAGUGUCGAACCGAUGCCUGAUGGUCAAAGGUUUACUGCCAGGUCGAUAAUAAAGAUGACGCCAAAGCAAGAGCACCACAACCAGACCUUCACAUGUCAAGCGCAGAACACGGCUGACAGGGCGUAUAGAGCUGCAAGCAUACAAAUUGAAGUCAAGUACGCCCCAAAAGUGAAGAUGCAUAUCAAGUCUGGUGCCAACGGGAAGAUCCCUGAAGGAGAUGAUGUCGUUAUAGCCUGCAAAGCCGACGCAAACCCAUCAAACCUGACAUACAAGUGGUUCCUAAAUGAAAAACUCAUCGAAGGAAAUACUACUGAAUUGAAAAUUUACAACAUAACAAGAAAAUACCACGACGCUACAAUCAAAUGCAUUGUCUUCAACGAUGUUGGGAACAGCGAAGAAAUAGAGACACUUGAAAUUACAUAUGCACCAACCUUCAGGAGUUUGCCAAAAGACGUGGAAGCAGAAAUUGGCACAAGUGUCACUCUAAGUUGUGAUGUUGAUGGAUAUCCUCCUCCAGAAAUCAGAUGGCUACAUCAUGAAGAAGAUCAGAUGAUUCGUGUUGGGAGAACAGCUAAUCUGACACUAACCCUUGACACCCACACUUCUGGGAAAUACCUGUGCAAAGCUAGUGUCGAUGGAUACCCAGAAAUAGAGGCAGAAGCUUCAGUGUUCAUCAAAGGACCACCUAAAAUAGUAUCAAACCAGACGCAGUUUGGAUCACAAGGAGACACAGUGAACAUCGAAUGUGCCGCCUUCGCUGUACCCAGAAUCGACAAUAUUGUAUGGACGUUUGACGGCAAAGAAAUUGAUGCUAUACAUGAUCAGGACUACGCCUUCCUUGAAGAACUUCAGCCAGCUGGAGUAGUGAACUCAACCCUGAUCAUCCGUGAAAGCCAGUCCAAACACUUCGGUGUCUACAAAUGCAACGUCUCCAACGACUACGGAAGCGAUACCAUGGAAAUCGUCUUGAGGCCUAACAAAACAUUCCCACUCCUCCUGAUCCUAUUUGGAGUGACAUCAGGCACAAUAAUGGUGGCUGCAGUGAUAAUGCUGGUGAUACUAUGUCAAAGAAAGCAGAGGAAGAACAAACAAUCGCAAGUGGCUGAGAAGCCUGAUGUGACAGUGACUGCCGAGGAGCUUUAUAAAGAGAAUGAUAGGAACUCAAAUAUUAGUGAUCUGAAGUUAGAACUAAGGCAAGCGAAUGGGAGCUGUGAAAUUGAUUACUCUAAUACAGGAUCGGACAGCACACUAUGUUCGAAUGCCAAACUUGGCAGUGGUAUACCACUAGCUGGUACAGUUCCCCUAUCAUCUAUAAACCAGACGAACACAUACCAGCCGUAUAGAUAUAGCAAUGACUACACCGAUCCGGCGUACGCUGAUUGCUAUAAGGUGAAUGGAUUCAGUAAUGGUUAUCAAACAUACGUGCAUUACGGGCAUGACUAUACUCCUGGGUCACUGAGGGUGCAAUCUCCAACCAUGAGUAGUGAUAAGCUGACGCCUAACAGAUCUGUCAACGGCAGUCUACCUAGAAGCGUGGAUACGCCAUCAACAGUCCAGUAUAAUACUGGCAAUGGAUCUCAGAACAACUCGCUACAAAGAAAACAGAAGAGGCAAGACAGUAACAGUGCACUGAACAAUCUUGGGCUGCCUACUACGGAUGUGAACCGGGUACCAAACGGAGGUCUAAUACAUGGGGUUGACGUUCGGUAUGCGGCAACCUACGGGAACCCACAUCUGAGGACCGGUGGGGGUUUAGGUUUCGCUAACACAGUGAAUACGGCGAAACCAGCGUCAACCCCCGCACCGCCUCCAUAUUCAUCGGUUAGGAGUUCUGUAGUUUUGCCCUCAGGUAAUUCAUCUCAUUCAAUAACAUCUCCAACGAGUCUGGCGUCACCACAGUGUGCCACCAGCCCCAUCACCACGUCGACAAUGUCUACAGAUAGUGCCCAACCAGCGAUUGGCGUAGCAACAUCUUCGGCAACGCCACAAUCACCGAGCGCGCACUACAUACUAGCCCCAUCGAAUAGGACUAUUAGUAAUGCGACUGUUACUAAAAAAGGUAAUGGUCACCAAACCCCUUUAGCGACACACGUAUAAGUUAAGUUUUAAUCUUUUCUACAAAGACUUUGGAUGAAUUUACUACGCAAGUGUUGUGUAUCCAUAAAUACUAAAUAAAAAUUUAUAAUUUAAAAUUUUAUUAUUAUUUAGAAAUAUUUUUGUCUGAUCACUUCUUCGGUCAAAUAAUUGUAAAUUAGGAUUUUGUUUCAGCAUUUUCUGUCAAUUUUAAUAAAUGUAUACUAAUUAAGUUUUAAUUUGAUAUGAAAAUGUUUAAAUAAAAUCUACAGGACUUUUUAUUGUCUUCGAAGUUGUGUAGUUAUUAGGGUUCAAUUUAGGUUAGAAAAUAGUUUAUCAGAAUGUUCUUGGUCACACCGAAUUAGGGAAAGAUUGAUCGGUUCAAACCUUUUAACCGUUAAGUGAAAAUAUUGCGUGUUUACUGUAUAUUAUUUAAUAAAUAAAAAAAAUGCU